AUGGUAUGUGGCUUCCCGGCUGCCAGGUUCCGGGGCAUCUCGGAUCAAGUUCUCUGCAAUCUGAAUUGGGAGAGUGAACACCCAGAGGUUGUGAUCCAUGCAGACUAUUCGAUAUAUGGUUGGUCAAUUUCCGGCGCUGAUGUGGUCUCGGCAGUGGAAGGAGCCUCCGCCGUGUUACCGUGUACUUUCACCCACCCACCUCCUGAUGUCGCCCUGAACGGCUCCGUGAUCUGGUACAAGACCGAACCAGGUGCUACAAAACCGGUGUUUAAGUGCACACAUCCCGGUUCCGGCCCCUCCGGGUGCGAUACAACGACACAGGAGGCUGGAGGAGGGCGGUUCCGAUUCGUGGGGAACCUCAGUCGGAGAGAUGCCUCGAUAAUGGUGGAUCGACUGAACCGGAGUGACGGUGGUCGGUAUCGGUGCCGGGUGGAGCUCAAUGUUGACAGCUUUCAAACGGUGGUUCUAACAAAUCUGUCUGUGAGAGCUCCCGGCGAGAGUGUUCCAGUGCUGAACGGGACUGAAGGAGCUUCGGCCACGUUACCCUGUGUGUUCACACGGCCUCAGCAGAGAUUCACCGCACACACGGUGACGUGGAUGAGGAAGGAUCCCUAUCGACACAUCGUCACCUUCAGGCGUAUUCGAAAUGGACCGUGGGCAGCAGAAAACGGAGUGACUCGGUACGAGCUCGUCGGGGACCCAGAGCAUGGAAACGCCUCGACCAGUAUAAAGCAGCUGAGAGUGGAGGACAGUCACAGCUACCUGUGUCUGGCUGAGUUCAGGAAAAGCCAGCAUUAUUAUUAUUAUUAUUGGCCCACCAGAGACCACGUCAAACCCCCAUAUAUCCAUGUGUUCCAGAGUGAGAUCCGGCUGCAGGUCAGAUCAGAUAACCAUGAUAUCCAGAUAAACCAUGGGAUUCAUUACGUCAAUACCCCCACAUGA